AUGGAUCUCAAAGUGAUCUGCGUGCUCUCCGUCGUCCUCAUCAUAGCCCUCAGCACCUUGGCAGAGGGAAAGACAGUACCAACAAGAUGCCAGUGUAAAUUGCCCCCCAGGGAGCGGAAGAACUGCGGCUACCCGGGAAUCUCAGCAGUGGAGUGCAGGAAAGCUGGGUGCUGCUUCAACACUUCAGUCCCCGGCGUUCCCUGGUGCUUUGCUCCUAAAGCAAAGAAAGUUGAGAAAGUAUGUCCCAACGAUCCUCACGCCAGGAUAAACUGCGGCUUCCCCGGCAUCACGGCUAAGGAGUGCGAAAGGAAGGGGUGCUGCUUCACGGCACAUCCCGCUGGUGUCCCCUGGUGCUUCUACCACCGUGUGGUGGAGGAGGGUAAUGUCCUGCACGAGGCAGCGUCCCCCGUGUCCCUGUGGACCCACCACGGCUCCCGGCAGGGUCCGUGCUGUGCCCGGGCUUGGUGUGCUGUGCCAGCCCGGCACGGCGGGAGGCCACGCUCGAGGGAGUGA